UAGUUAUCUCCCUUAGCUUGUAUGGUUUACAUUGCAUAAUUCGAUGUGACGAAACAACUGUUCUAGUUUCAAGUUAGUAUAUUUAUAAACUACUAUUGAACAUGAAUGUCUUUAACAACCAUUAACUUUGAAGUUACAUCAUAACUAACUAGCCUUCAUAUACUGAAAAUUCUAAUUUAUACACCGCUUUGUCAUAGAUAUAAAACAUGCUGUAACUUCUUUCCAGUAAGAAAUAAAAAUAUUUUGCAAAUUUCUUUUAUCAUCAGAAACUUUAUUUCACCAAAGAAUGUCGGUGCCAUCAAAAUCCACUGACCUCCCUAGAGGUUUAAUAGAUCGUAAAGGGACACCUGCUGGUCGAAACACAAGGUUGCCUUCAAUUCGUGGUCCCCGUGAUUUGACACUUGGUGGCAUCCCUAAGAAAGUUUUUAUGCCAAAUAUUCCUUCUCGAAGAUCAAAAGAAGACAGCACCAGCAGUACAAAUUUGAAACCAGAAAGCCAACAACAAAGUCCCAAAUUAGAUCGCCAUUCACGGCAUGAACGAGAUCGCGGAAGAGGUCGAAAUAGAGGGAGAGACAAUGUUGUACAGUCACAUUCCAUCUUUGAACAAGGUCCCUCUGGGGAGUUUCUUUCUCGGAAUAGAGCUCCAUCUUAUUCCUCUGGUGAUGGUGGUGGUGGUGGUGGAGGAGGAGGCGGCGGCUCCAAGAUUUAUAAGUCAUCUUUUAAUAAAAGAGAAAAUAAAGAAGAAACAAAAAAAUUACUUGACAGACUCCUAAAGGAUGAUUUUAUAGAACCAUGUGGGAUAGAUGAUGACAGUAUGCAGCCUGUGCAGCUCCCUUUCACUUGCAAACUUGAAAUGAAGGAUGAGAAAGAAAAUAUUGGUACCAUACCAAUUAAAACUGAACCAAGUGAAGAGAAUAUGUUAACAGAUGCAAAAACAACAGAAAUAAAAACUGAGCAACCAUUUCCAAAACAUGCUUCCGGUAAACAAAACACAUGUGAACAACUGUUCAGUAAAUGUAUGAAAUCAGAACAUGGAGAGCUGCUAUUCCUUCAAUUACCAGAUGUGUUACCAGGAGUUCCACCCAACCUAGAAGAUAUGCUUAAUGUAAAAAUGGAACCUGGAUUACAAGCAUCUGACCAAAACAAAACCAACUCACAAAGUACAUCUGAAGAAGAAGUGACUGUUCCCAAAAACCCAAAUAUUAGCUCAUUAAAAGAUUUUUCUGAAGGCUAUGUUGGUAAACUUCAAACUCGGAAGUCUGGCAAGGUUCAGCUUCUGUUGGGUAAUGUAACCCUGGAUAUAUCGAUGGGCACUCCUUGUGGUUUUCUUCAGGACCUUGUAUCAGUGAAAAUUAAUGGUGACAAAGGUGACCUCACAGUCCUUGGUCAGGUCAAUCAUAGGUUAAUAUGCACACCAAAUUUUGAUGGUUUAGUGAAGAGCAGUUAGUUGACCUAUGAUAAUGUUUAUAGGUCUAUUAUCCAUGGAUUUUCCCAAAUUGGACUUUUCAAAACCUUAUACUCCAGCUUAUUUGAGUCUACGAACUAAUAUAAAGUUGUAUUUAAUAUUUCCCUUACCUAAGUUGAUGUAAUGACAUCCAAGAAAGCUGGCAGCAAACAACAAAACCAAACCAUGAUUAUUGCUUACAGACAUUUCACUACAUUGUUUAUGCUUUUGAGAAAAGCAUAAAUGUGACACACUCAUUUUUCUUCACCCACUAUAUAUUUAGGCUUUGUGCCUAUGCAAAAAAAAUCUGUAUCAAAUAUUGUACUUUUUCAGUUUUGUUAUUUUCUCCUAUUUAAAUUUGUAAAAAACAAUUCAUUCUUA